GGGUCCAGAUCGCGCUUAUGACCCGAAGCCGAGCUUGCCAUCAGAUAGCGCGACGAUGUUGAAGAGGAAGCCGACGAGGCUCGAGUUCAAGGAGGCCGAUGACAAGGAGGAUCUAGAGCAAGCACGGAAGAGCGCAUCUGCUGCCGCCGCUGCUGCUGCUGCGGCUUCGUCUGCAGGUGCUGCUGCCGUUGGUGGCUCUGCUUCUGCUACCCCGCAAGUCAUCGAAUUUCGCCCUAAACUUUCUGUCGCUCAACGAAUAGGAUUCAACAAGUAGUUGUGCUGCAGCGUGUGAAUUUUGUGGGUGCGGGCCCGCACGCCGUUGCGCAAGGCGUGGCCGAGUGGUGGUGUGGUGGUACUUUCCCUUGGUGUUUGUACAUUGGACUGGGUUAAUAAAUUUUGCUCGGACUGCAAGAGAGUGGCGGUUUGUUCUCUUCGGUUCUCGGAAUGGAGGUGGAGGUGAAGCUGAAGCUGCCAGGUCGUGAAGCUCAUGAGAAAGUCGCCUCAUCUCUCAAGGCGUUUCAUGAGGUGACGCACAUGCAGGAGAAUGUCUUCUUCGAUGGCGCCAAUAAAGAGCUGAGCUCUAAGCGAGCGGUGUUGAGGUUACGGUUUUAUAAUGGCGAUGGAAAAUGUGUUGUGACGUUCAAGGGAAAUGCUGUGAUUGUGGAUGGGAUCAGCCGAGGAGAGGAGCUGGAGGAGGACAUCGACGUGUCUCUUGGGAGGGCAUGUGUUGCGGAGCCGUGGAGAUUGGCAACUACUACGUGCAAAUUGCUGAACAAGGUUGUGGCUGACUUCGCUUGCGAGGACUUCGUUUGCUUGGGCGGAUUUCGGAAUGUACGGACUGUGUUCAACUGGGAGGGGCUCAAGAUCGAGCUGGACGAAACGCAGUACGACUUUGGAACGACCUACGAAGUGGAAUGCGAGUCCACAGAUCCCGAAAGAGUUCGGGAGGUUUUAGGAGAUUUUCUGAAGUCUAAGGGCAUCGAGUUCACUUAUUCAACCAAGUCCAAGUUCGCCGUGUUCAGAUCGGGCAAGAUCGAGUAGACAUCUGAUUGAUUGAAAGGUGAUCGUCUCUUUGAUCUUGUCUUGCCAUGUUCGGAUAGGAAAGGUGUUCCCUUAUGAUCUAAAGUAGCGGAUCACCUGGGCCCUGUAAAGCAUUGUGAAUAUAGUGAAGACGUUGGAAUCAGCCUAUUGAAUAAGAUAAUCGUGUGUUUUUCAGAUUUAGAUGUUG